CCUUCAGAUAGCUCGUGGAUGCGGGUUGGGGAUUUACGAAUCUCUUGAAAACGGAAAUGCAAAGAAAGGGCAAAUAUUAGGGAGGCCGAUGGGAUUUUAAAGUGUAAAAUGUUUGUCGUCAGAGGUAUCCCAACCUCUGUCAGCUACUGCAUCUUUAAAUGUAUGACCGGGAACAUGAGAAGGUGUAGCGCUUUGAAUAGACAUACCAGGAGGUCCUCCCUGGCGGAGAUCGUGUCUUUACCUUUUUGUGGCAGAUCGUUCUCCAACACGUCGCGGCGCUCCUCUCAGGAUGGAGUCCCACCUCAGUCGGCUUCCCCCGUGGAGCUGCCGGAGAGCGAAGAUGCCGAACCGACGCCGCAGCCGAGGAAGAAACCGAGCGACUGCUCGGUGUUUCUGUUCCCCGGCCAGGGCAGUCAGUUUGUGGGGAUGGGGCGAGGACUCCUGAAGUAUGGAAGCGUCAAAGAAAUGUUCAGCGUUGCACAGAAAAUACUUGGGUAUGACUUGUUAUCGCUGUGCUUAAACGGACCCGAGGAGGAAUUGAUGAAAACAGUCCAUUGCCAGCCCGCUGUAUUCGUCACUUCUCUGGCUGCAGUGGAAAGAUUAAACCAUGAAAUACCUUCUGCCGUGGAGAAUUGCGUAGCGGCGGCGGGCUUCAGCGUGGGAGAGUUCGCAGCCUUGGUGUUCUCGGGGGCUAUGGAAUUCGCAGAAGCCCUGUACGCAGUGAAGGUGCGCGCAGAGGCCAUGCAGGAGGCGUCUGAGCGGGUACCCAGCGGCAUGCUGUCGGUGAUCGGGCGGGACCAGGCGAAGUACAGCUACGCCUGCCUGUUGGCGAGGGAGCACUGCCAAUCCCUGGGUGUUAAGGACCCCGUCUGCUCCGUUGCCAACUACCUGUUCCCUGACGGAAGGGUUAUCGCUGGGCAUCUUCAGGCGUUGGAGUUCCUACAGAACAACUCGCAGCAGCUGCACUUCCGGAGAAUGCGGCCGCUGCCUGUCAGCGGGGCCUUCCACACCGCCCUGAUGGAGCCGGCCGUCGAACCGCUGAGGGAUGUGCUGCGGAAGGUGGAGGUCCGCCAGCCGCACAUCGCGGUCUACUCCAACGUGGACGCCAAGCGCUACAUGCAUGGAGACCACGUGCGCAGGCAGCUGGCCAAGCAGCUGGUGUCGCCGGUGAAGUGGGAGCAGACGCUGCACGCGCUCUAUGAGAGGAGGCAGGGUCAGGACUUCCCCCACACCUACGAGCUCGGCCCCGGGAGGCAGCUGGGCUCCACCCUCCAGAAGUGCAACAUGAAGGCCUUCCGGAGCUACACGCACAUCGACGUUGCAGUGCCCCAGGACUGAGACACACACAGACACACACACACACACAGGUGCAUCACCUUAUACAUUGACUGAAACAUACACACAGCAGACUGUUGUAUUUUUACUUCGUGAUGUGAGAAAAUGUCUGGUUGACAUUAAAAAACCAA